GAUUUUCAUGAACAAUUCUAAUUAAUAUAACAAAGUAAACACUUUUUAUAAUUUAAUAUUUAAUAUCUAAAUUUUUAAACUCUAAAACUCUUUGGAUACAAAAUUCAACAGUAACUGAUUUAGUUAAUUGUUAGUGCAUCACAAAGACUGAGAACUAGGAUUGGUUCCCAGUUUUAGUAUAAAUAAAACGGUGAAGAGUGACAAACAACAUUUUUAUUGAGAUCAACUGGUAAAACGUCUUCUUUCUAGAUAGGUCAGUCCAUUGAUUUGAUUCACGUCCUAUACAGCCACGUCUGAAGUUUGUGAAACAUGACAUUUGUGAAAGUUGUAUCAAAAUAUUUAUAAGCACUCAAGAUGAUUGUUGGUUUCAACUACCUUGCGAUGACAAUAACGGGAGCAAUGCAUUUGACUCUUGGAAUAUUUUGUUUCAUUUGUUCAAUAAUCGGUUUUACAACAAAAAAAUACUACACCAAUUACUAUGGUUUUUAUUAUGAUAGUUAUCUUUAUGAUGAUCUGUCUGUAAGGAUUGCUGCUGGAUCAUUUACUGCAAGUCUAUGGAUUAUUGGAGUUGGAAUACUUGGAAUUCUUACUGGUUUGAAGUCAAAUCCUGAACACAGAACCAAUACACUGAAACUUGCCUACAUGGUCCUUGCCAUUUUGACAGCAUGUUCCUUCGCAUUUGCUGGAAUGACUUGUUUUACUUUUCAUUCAUUAUGGAUUCUUUACUAUGGCGUUUAUGGCUUAUAUGUUUUAUUUGCUUUUGCUGCAUUUGCUAUGGGUGUGGAAUUUAUUUUGGCUAUUGUUUCUUCAUCAAUUUGCUGUUGCUGUUCAGGAACACGAGUUGUACAAACUACUAGUAAUGUUGACAUGCAAUCCGGCCAGGCGUUCACUACUCCUCCAGCAUAUAUACCUCAAGCAUAAAAUUUACAUAUUUUGUUAAACUGAGAAUUUUUUAAGAACAAUAUAUAUUUUAAAACUUACCAGUGUUUGUAUUCAAAUUUAAAAAUGUCUAUUCUGCAAAACUAACCAAGAUAUUCUAAAUCAA